CAGAGUUUGUUUUAAGUAACACAAAUAUUAUAACAUUGCUUUUGUAAUCAUUUGUUUUUAAAUUUCAUUCAUAAAAAAAGUACUAAAAACAGGACAUUAUAUGGACCAAACCCAUGUGCUCUCGACGAGACCAAAAUAGGCCACUCGUGCAGAGAACAUGUCCCACCACUCCCACACGCUUCUGGCCUCCAAACUCACACGUGUAAGCAAGCAUAAAUAAAAGAUCGUCACCGUUGGUCAAAGUCCUCCCAUCAACAACACAUCUUAACGGUUACGACUUGACCCAAUCCCCUGACUCUGAAACGUUCUUUGAUUUUUGACCCAUGACCAGAAUUUUUGUUGAUUCUUUAAAAUUUCUGACUUGUCAUCAACAUUAACAUCUUUAAUACACUACUACUAUAGUAUAUAGUAUAAUCUUGCUACGGUGACGCAAGCGUGCGUUUGACUCUCUCUUAAAAUCCCACCUCCACUCACUUUCUCUCUUCACCUUUCACUUAGCAUCAUCUUCACUUUCCCGCAUUUUCUCUGCCCAGAUUUUCUCUGAUUCUUUUGUUGUUUUUUUCUGAUGGGGAGAGAUGAAACAGAGACGUACAUUACAGUGCCAAGUUUCUUCAAAUGUCCGAUAUCUCUUGACGUGAUGAGAUCUCCGGUUAGUCUCUGUACCGGCGUGACUUAUGAUCGAGCCAGUAUCCAGAGAUGGCUCGAUGGUGGUAACAACACUUGUCCCGCUACUAUGCAACUUCUCAAAACUAAAGAUUUUGUUCCUAACCUCACUCUUCAACGUCUUAUCAAUAUCUGGUCUGAUUCAAUCGGCCGUCGUCACAACGGUGAUUCUCCGGUUCUGAAUCCGCCGUCUGGUAGAGAAGUUCCGACGAAGGAAGAAGUGAAUGUGUUGUUGGAGAGAUUGAUGAGUCUGGAGAAUUUGAUGAAGAUCGUUCGAUUCGUGAAGGAUUCGGAUUCGAACAGAGAGUUUCUCUCGAAGAAGAUGGAGUUCGUACCAAUGCUCGUUGAUAUUAUACGCACGAAGAAGACGAAGAUCGAGUUAGUUAUAAUGGCGAUUAGGAUUUUGGAUUCGAUUAAAGUAGAUCGUGAACGGUUAUCGAAUCUGAUGUUGGCGAAUGACGGCGGAGAUUGUUUAACGGCGAUUCUCUUAGCGAUUCAACGCGGGAAUCUGGAAUCGAAGAUCGAAUCGGUUCGGGUUUUGGAUUGGAUCUCCUUCGACGCUAAAUCAAAGCUUAUGAUAGCAGAACGUGACGGAGUUUUAACAGAGAUGAUGAAAUCGAUAAGUAUCACUGAGUCGUCAGAUCCGAGUUUGAUCGAAGCGAGUUUAUCGUUUCUAAUCACAAUCUCCAAAUCAAAACGAGUGAGAUCGAAACUAAUCGCUGCAAAAGCAAUCACGAAGAUCAAAGACAUUCUUCUGACGGAGACGUUAACAAACGUUGCCGUGACGGAGAAGUCGUUGAAGCUGUUAGAGACUUUAUCGUCAAAGCGAGAAGGGAGAUUGGAGAUUUGUGGAGACGACAAUGGUAGAUGUGUGGAAGGAGUGGUGAAGAAGCUCUUGAAAGUAUCGACGACGGCGACGGAACACGCCGUGACGAUUUUGUGGUGUUUGUGUUAUGUUUUCAGGGAAGAUAAGACGGUGGAAGAGACGGUGGAGAGAAGUAACGGAGUUACGAAGCUGUUAGUGGUGAUACAGAGCAAUUGUUCGGCGAUGGUUAGACAAAUGGCGAAAGAUUUGAUUAAAGUGUUGAAGUUUAAUUCCUCUGCUUUGGCUGCUUACGAGACCAAGACUACUCAUAUUAUGCCUUUUUGAUUUUUUAGUAGUACAUUAUGAAUAAAUAUGAUAUAAGUAAAUCUUAUUAUCAAACUAUUUUGAACGUAUAGAUGUUGUAAAUCUUAUGAGAAAUUUUGUCAGUUUUACUAAUAUUUGCCUCGUGUUAAUUGAGAAUUAUACGAUUUAAUUAC